UCCGCGCCCCACCGUGCGUCCGGCAGCGUGUGGUGCAACAGUGCUACUUUCCUUCGGCCUCGGGAGGGACGGGGACCGCAGCGGGACAACUUGGAAAACUUCUCUGGGGCGGACCACGGGGACGCUGGGCGCCGGGGGAAGAGGAUGUAGGAAGGCGAUGCCUGGCCCCGGGUGUUCCCAGACCUCCUAAGCCUCCAUGGGGCUUCAGACCCUUCUGCACCGUGGGAACGACCCCCUUGUGUAGUCGAACUGGGGUGGCGCUCUCUCCCACAGUGCGCGCAUUUGACGGGGAACGCUCCUUUUGGCCACGUCCGGCCCCGCCAUGGACCACCAGGAGCCCUACUCUGUGCAGGCCACUGCCGCCAUCGCAGCGGUCAUCACCUUCCUCAUCCUCUUCACCAUUUUCGGCAACUCACUGGUCAUUCUGGCUGUGUUGACCAGCCGCUCGCUGCGCGCGCCGCAAAACCUGUUCCUGGUGUCGCUGGCUGCUGCAGACAUCCUGGUGGCCACACUCAUCAUCCCUUUCUCGCUGGCCAACGAGCUGCUAGGCUACUGGUAUUUCCGGCGCACAUGGUGCGAAGUGUACCUGGCGCUCGACGUGCUCUUCUGUACUUCAUCCAUCGUGCACCUGUGCGCCAUCAGCCUGGACCGCUACUGGGCAGUGAGCCGCGCGCUGGAGUACAACUCCAAGCGCACCCCGCGCCGCAUCAAGUGCAUCAUUCUUACUGUGUGGCUCAUUGCAGCGGUCAUUUCGCUGCCGCCCCUCAUCUACAAGGGCGACCAGGGCCCACAGCCCCACGGACGUCCCCAGUGCAAGCUCAACCAAGAGGCCUGGUAUAUCUUGGCCUCCAGCAUCGGGUCUUUCUUUGCACCUUGCCUCAUCAUGAUCCUGGUCUAUUUGCGUAUCUACCUGAUUGCCAAACGCAGCAACCGCAGAGGUCCCAGGACCAAGAAAGGUCCUGGGGAGGGUGAGUCUAAGCAGUCCUGUCCAACUGUGCCUGGGAGGGCUCCUGCCUCAGCUAAGGUGCCAACCCUGGUCUCUUCUCUGUCUUCUACUGGAGAGGCUAAUGGACACCCCAAGCCACCUGGUGAGAAGGAGGAGGGGGAGACCCCUGAAGAUCCUGGGGCCAGGGCCUUGACACCUAGCUGGGUUGCCCUUCCAAACUCAGGCCAGGGCCAGAAGAAGGGUGUUUGUGGGGCAUCUGCAGAGGAGGAACCUGAAGAGGAGGAAGAAGAGGAGGAGGAGGAAGAAGAAUGUGAACCUCAGGCAGUGCCAGUGUCUCCUGCCUCAGUUUGCAGCGCCCCCUUGCAGCAGCCACAGGGUUCCCGGGUUCUGGCCACCCUCCGUGGCCAGGUGCUCCUGGGCAGGGGUGUGGGUGUUGUGGGUGGGCAGUGGUGGCGACGUCGGGCACAGCUGACCCGGGAGAAGCGGUUCACCUUUGUACUGGCUGUGGUCAUCGGUGUCUUUGUACUCUGCUGGUUCCCCUUCUUCUUCAGCUACAGCCUGGGUGCCAUCUGCCCGCAGCACUGCAAGGUGCCCCAUGGCCUCUUCCAGUUCUUCUUCUGGAUUGGUUACUGCAACAGCUCACUGAACCCGGUCAUCUACACCAUCUUCAACCAGGACUUUCGCCGUGCCUUCCGAAGGAUCCUUUGUCGCCAAUGGACUCAGACAGCCUGGUGAGCCUGCCUGACCCCUGCCUGUAUGGGAAUGGUGCC